AUGCAGUUUCACACCAGCUCAGAGGUUGACAUUUCCAGGUGGAAAAUGCUAUGCUCUGCUUUUUCCCUAUCUCAGGGACCGUUUCACAGAUUGUGGAAGUUUUCUCUUCCAGUUUCUUCAUUUUUGCUUGGUAACAGCAAGAAAGUAUAUGCAACUCCUAUGAAUCCUGGUUUCCACCAUCAGACUUGUCAGAUGGUCCCAAUUGCAUCUCAGGAUUCUUCAAAGGUUCUUCCUAUCUUGGUUCCACAAGAGAAAGAUGAAUUGGAGCCGGCCACUGACAAUGUCACCGUCAGUGGGGUUACACCUUACCUGGUAGCUGAAAAGAGAGAAUAUUUCUCUGUGUUUCAAGUGAACAGAACCUCAUUGGUCAAUUAUAAGCUCAGAUUCCAGUCUUCAAUGAUUGAUUGCACAGUGUUUGGGCCAUGUUACACAAGGUCUGUGGAUAAGGGAAGGCACAGUAUUACCAUUCAAUUGGAUGGAAUUACAAGUCAUUUUCAGGGCUCUUCUUCACUUCAGAGGGUUGCUGAAGAACAAGUGGGUCCGAAUCAUUAA